AUGUUCUUACGCCAGUCUCUGGUCCUUUCCGUCCUCCUUUCGACUGCGCUGGGCUCGGGCAAGCGCGGCUUGGCUGCGAACGACGAUGUACCAAUAUCGGGGUUUGGCGGCGAAUGGAACGGCAAUCCGUCACAGGUAACAUGGCAGUACAACUGGGACAGCGAUACCAAGCAGAAACAAGACUUUGCUGAGUUUGUUCCCAUGCUCUGGGGACCCGCGAACAUUCAUACGGCGCAGUGGCGAACCAAUGCGCAGUGGUGGGUAUCGAACUCGGCACAGCAUUUGCUAGGAUUCAACGAGCCCGAGCAGCAAGGCCAGUCAAACUUGUCCGUCUCUCAGGCGGUCGACGCCUGGAGAGAUUGGAUGGAGGACUUCUCCGGCGUCGCGAAGCUUGGAGCACCUUCCGUGUCGAACGAUGGGUACGAGUGGCUUUCCCAGUUUCUGCAAGCAUGCAGUGGCUGCCACAUUGACUUCAUUCCGAUUCACUGGUACAACGACCAUUCCAUCGAGUUUGAUUUGGAGGACUGGGUCAACAAGAUUUGCGAUCUCGGGGACGGCCGCCCCGUGUGGAUUACAGAAUUCCAGGGCUUUGGGUCAGACGACGAACAAGCCGCCUUUCUCGAAAAGGCCAUUCCUUUCUUGGACAAUAACGCGUGCGUGGAGAGAUAUGCCUACUUUGGCACCGCGGACAAUUCCAAGGUGCUUCUGCAGAAUGGUGGCCCGUCUCUUUCGGAUUUGGGCGUGCAAUACGCAUUCAGCCCAUUUGGCUCAGGGAACGGCCCGGCGUAG